AUGUGGCCACUUUGGGGACUGGACAUGAACCGAGUCCAUUGUGACCUGCUCUUCACAGAAGCCAUCAAUCAAAGGAUGCAGGUUCCCAACAGGCUGAAGGUAGCAGAUGGCUUCAGCCCUGUGGAUGAGGAGCCAGUGGCAGAGGAUGUCCCUCCUUCCUCUCACAUGCACAUCCCUGAUAGGAUUUCUCUUGCAGAAAUACCAGAUACCAGCUUGAAACCCAUCGUGCUGAACCAGCAAAGGAAGGUCCCCUCUGUCAUGGUGCACAUCCCAGACUCCUCAGCACAGCACACCCACCUCAGGGAACACCUUUUUCUGCGUGGAGCCAGCAGAUCAGGCUCCCAGAAACGCAGACGACUGGCCUACCAGAGCAGCAGGAUGCGGCAGGAGAGGGCCCCAAGUGACAGUGCCCAGCUGGUCCUGCACAGCCCGGGCCAGCACCAGGAGCGGCUGGAUGUGUCACUCCCACCGGCGCAGCGGGCUCAGCUCCCCCCCCUUGCACAGACGGGCAGGAUCUACUCCGUGCAGAACAUCUUCCAGACCAUGUACCGCUUGGGCCAAGUGCUCUUCCACCAUGUUCAGGACUCUCUGCAAGACCCAGUGGUGUCCAGCUCCCAGGAGGCUGGCCCAGCCCCAGAGAGCACCUUGGAGGAGGCUGGGAUGGCUGAGAUGGCAGCAAUGAGAAAACAGCUGAUGAAGAUCUCGGGGAGGCUCCGUGUGCUGGAGGAGCAGCGCAACUCCUGGCGGCAGAAGGAGGUCCUGGUCUACUCCGUGCUGAUCUCCACCUGCCUCAUCAACACGUGGCUCUGGCUGAGGAGAUGA